CUCAGCCCUGUUGAACUUGGGUCAGCACAGCAGGGCUCUGCUCCUAUUUGAAGAAUACUAGGCAGCCGGCCCAGCCCAAUUCUGAAAACCAGUUCGUUUCAAGGAAUAGAAACUGAAACCGACUCUCUAUUGGGAGUCCCCUCCCGGCUGGGCCCUGGCAAACAGAUCUCAGAUCUAGAAACUGCAGGACAAACUGCUUAGAGACCAGAGGCAGAAAGGAAAUCCACCCGAUCAGACCUCGUCUUGGUUCACUCCUCUCAGAACUCCAGACCUCUGCAUCUCAUCUCUAAACAUCCGGGUCUAGAUUCCAGUUCUGGGUCUCUCUGUAGAGAACUUUUGCCGGAGGACCGCAACGUUUAUUUCUAAGAAAGAAGGAGGGGGUGACGUUACAGGAAGCCCACUAACAUUGAAUCACACAUAACUCUUCUGGAUCAGAGUCUAAGAGUGGAGGAAGAACCUGAGGAACGGCUUCCUCAGAGACCCUAAUAAAACCAGAGAGCCUCACCAGGGAGCUGAGAGGUGCCCAGAAAGCAUCACACGGAUCUUGUCAUGAAACCAUCACACAAGUCCUGCGAGGCUGCUCCACUACUCCCCAAGAUGCCAGAGACCAGUACCCAUAAUGCUCCACUGAACUUGUCCUUCCCCUCCGUCCCUUCAUACCAAAUAGGCUGUAGCAGUUUGCCUGAGAUCAGUAGGAGCACUGAAAGAGCUUUAAAAGAAGGAAAACUACCGGAACUGGUCUAUGGAGUCAAGGAGACUGUGGCAACAUUGUCCCAAAUCCCAGUGAGCAUCUUCGUGACUGGGGACUCGGGCAAUGGCAUGUCAUCUUUCAUCAAUGCACUUCGAAUCAUUGGCCAUGAGGAAGAUGCCUCGGCUCCCACUGGGGUAGUAAGGACCACCCAGACACGGGCUGAGUACUCCUCAUCCCACUUUCCCAAUGUGGUACUGUGGGACCUACCUGGAUUGGGGGCCACAGCCCAAACCGUAGAGAACUAUAUAGAAGAGAUGAAAUUCAGUACGUGUGACUUAUUCAUCAUCGUCGCCUCGGAGCAGUUCAGCUCAAAUCACGUGAAGCUGGCCAAAAUCAUCCAGAGCAUGGGAAAGAGGUUCUAUGUCAUCUGGACCAAGCUGGACCGGGACCUCAGCACGAGCGUCCUAUCAGAGGUCCGGCUCAUACAGAAUAUCCAGGAGAAUAUACGGGAGAAUCUCCAGAAGGAGGGAGUGAAGGAAGUUCCCAUAUUCCUAGUAUCCAAUCUAGACCCUCUCCUGCAUGACUUCCCGGAACUUAGGAACACACUUCAGACAGACCUGUCCAACAUCAGGUGCUGUGAACCCUUAAAGACCCUUUAUGUCAUUUAUGAGAAGAUCAUCGGUGACAAAGUAGCCAACUGGAACCAGAUAAUAGCCAACGGGCGCUUGAAGAGUUCUCUCGGGGUCAGAGAUGAUGAUGACAUGGGGGAGUGUCUGAAAAGGUACCGAUUGAUAUUUGGUAUCGAUGAUGAAUCACUUCAGCAGAUAGCUCACGGUAUGGGGACAGUAGUCAUGGAGUACAAGGCCAACAUAAAGUCCCAAGACUUCCACACUCUCCGCAGAGCGGACUGGAAACUGCGGCUGAUGACCUGUACAACUGUGAAUGCACUCUUCUGUUUGUUUAAAUUUCUCCCGUGCUUAUGCCACUGUUUCAAACGCAUGAGACAUAAACGCAUGCUCCUCUUAGUUGCCAAGGACACCAAGAACAUCCUGAAGAAAAUCCUGAUGGACGCUGUCUCUCCACCGCAAAUCUAGUGUAAGGGUGGCCUGGUACCCUUCUUUUCAUAUAGAGCCAAUUACCUCUUCCUUAGAUCCCUAUUUCUCCACUAGAAAUCAAGAGAUAAAUUCUUUGAUAGGAGUUAGUCAUGAUGGACUCAUCCCCCCCCCACCCAGACUCUAAUGUAUUGUUCUACUGAGGAACAGGGACAAGUAAUGAUUAAAAAUCAAUGACUGGGGGCUGACAAGAUGGCUCACUGGCUGCUCUUCCACAGGUCCUGAGUUCAGUUCCCAGCAACCACAUGGUGACUCACAACCAUCUUUAGGAAAAUCUGAUGCCUUCUUCAGGCAGGCGGAUGUAUAUGCAGCAGAGCACUCAUAUAUUAAAUAAAUAAACUUUAAAAAAAUCAAUGACCAUGAUUCUUAGAUGGAAUAUAGACAUUUUGUUUUCAGCUAUUAAGUGUGAUUUAUGUCUAAAUCAAUUUUCCUCUGAAACAAUAAAGUCGGUUGGUUCCUCUUCA